AUGCCCGCCGAUCCAGUUACUAUUAUUGAACGCCUGCAAGAAUGGGGCGCCUGCGAUGUAGCAGAUGGUCUUUCAAAGCUCAAGUGCCCCAAUGGAGGCUUUCUUGAGGGGUUGACCAUGUAUUCACCAGAGUUCCAAGCCGGCGAAACUAAGAUUGUGGGUCGAGCAUUCACUGUCAAAUUUGUCCCCCAAUCAGACGAGGCAUCACCAAAGCUUCAAGGAAAUUACAUUGAUCAAAUCCCCGCUGGCAGUGUAGUUUUCAUCUCCCAGCCUCUACCCCAGGUGAACGCAGUUUAUGGUGGACUGAUGACCCUACGUGCCCAAGCGCUUGGUGCGGCUGGUGUAGUCAUUGAUGGUCGAGUCCGUGAUAUCAAUGAGCAUCGAUCUCUUGGGUUCCCUCUAUUUGCCAAAUCUGUUGGUACUACUGCAGGGGGCGAGGUCUGCCGACCCUCGGAGGUGAAUGUGCCAGUGCGUCUUCAUUCCGAGAACCAAGAUGCAUGGAUCAAUCCAGGGGAUUACAUUAUAGCAGAUGCAGACGGUGUUGUUCGUCUCCCACAGAGCCUUGCCGAGGAAGCUCUUGAGGCGAUUCCUGCAAUUGCGGAAGCUGAUAGAAAGUGUGCGGAGGGCAUCAAGGCUGGUCGAUCGGUGCAGGAUGUUUUCAAAGAGUAUCGUGGUCGUUGA